AAACAGUGACUGGCUCAGAGUGUUUCAAGACCUCGACACGCCGGAAGUGAACGAACGUACUCCCUGGUCAGGGAUACUUUGCGGCACUUCCCUCCCGACACUUUACAGUUCCGGUCCAGUACUGGUACUCGAAUUUCACACCGAUAGCAUUACAUCCAAUUCAACGGGAUUCCGAGGAACCUUCUCGUUUGUUGAUAAAAGCAAGUACAAGAUAGAAGGGUUGAAAACGCCCGGAGCGACGUGCGAUUAUCAAUUUAUAAACACGAACAAUUCCUUGACCAAAGGGAGAUUCUAUUCGCCGCAGUUUCCUUCUAGCUAUCCAAAAAACAGCAGCUGUACUUACAGAUUCAAAGCGAGGCCGAGAGAACGUGUGAGGAUUCUCUUCGAAGAAAUUCAUUUCCAAAAAGGAGACCAGAGUUGCCUCGACCGAGAAGACAUCCUGAAAGCCCACGACGGUGGGGCGGUACAGGCACCUCUGGUAGCCGUAUUUUGCAACCAGAUGUCCAACACAGAACUGAUAUCGACAGGCAACCAACUUUACCUUGAGUUCACUUCAAGCUCAGAAUGGCCCGGACACGGGUUCACGGCGACCUACCACUACGAAGAGCUUAAAGAGAAAAAAGGAGACGAAUUGGCAAAGUUGACGGACAUCGGCCCAGCGGUCAGCGCAGCACGUUCAAGCUGUGAUGUCAAAAUCAGCAGCGACUCGACGAAAAAAGGUCAGCUCUUUUCUCCCGGGUUUCCCGUCGGCUACCUGUCCGGUACGAAGUGCCGUUACGAAUUCCAAGCAGCGGGAAAAGAAAGAAUUAAAAUCGUCUUCACUUAUUUUAACCUCUUCACGAGAAACACCGUCAAAGCGAAAGAGUGCAAUGGUGAAGAUUCGGUGACUCCGUACGUCGUCAUCGAUGGAAGAUUUGAGAAGCUUGAGAGCUACUGCGGCAACACUAUUCCAAAACCGAUCAUGUCCAACGGGCCAAGGAUCGUUCUGGAGUUCAACAGCUUCAAUUCAUCUAAAGGAUCAGGUGGCUUCAGGGCUGAAUACAGUUUUGUAAAAGAUUUUGGUAUAACGACGGGAAAACAGUUGACAGACUACCCGUGUGCAUUCAGAUACUCCUCCAAGGACGGUCACUCUGGUUCCUUCCACAGUCCCAACUUCCCAGGGCUCUAUCCAAGGGAAACCGAAUGCCACUAUUUUUUCCAUAGGACGACCGCCCAAAAGACGAAAAUCUAUUUUGAUUUUUUCGACAUAGAAGGGGUUUUCCCAUGCGAUACGGGCACGGCGAGCGAUUACGUCGAGUUCUUCAAUUUCAUGGACAACGACAAAAUGCACACUAGGUACUGCGGCCAGCUCGACCCCUUUGAAAUAGAAAAGGAGAGCAGGUUUUUCCGGAUAACUUUCAGGUCGAACGACAGGCUCGACGGAAUGGGAUUCAACGCAAGCUAUAAGUUCAUCAAUCAUCCCAUCGUUCAUAAGAAAAUUCCAAUAAGUUUCUCUUCGGCAGUUACUCCAGGCUCUUUCUGGAUGCUAUGCGCUUUCCUCCUGCUAAAUCACUAAAAAUAAAACUUUAAAACUAUAACGCAUUUAUGUAUAUGCGUAUGAAACAAAGACUGAUUUUUAACUAAAAUGCAACAUAUUACAAUCUAGUUUUUUAAAAAGAGUGAUUUCAAAUUUUUCUUAAAAUAUCAACUGUAGUUGAUAAACAUCUCUCUAAUGAAUCUUCAUCGCAGAGCUUCAAAUUACAUUAGAAAUCUAUCAUCUAGUAAAAACUCCCCUUAGGGAUGGGAUUUUUCAACUAUAACCAGUGUUUUAAAUUUUCGUUUGUUUUUUGUUUCAAAAGAGUCUCCGACUAUUUUAAGGGAAAUAGCUUUAACUGUAUUAGGUGUGAUUGUAAAUUUGCAAAUUGCAAAUUUUCCAUCUUUGUAAUGAUUUAAUUUAAUAUUU